AUGACGAUGACGACGACUGCGACGUGGCUGGCUUUCCCAGCUCGAGGUGCUCAGUUAGUUGGAAUAGAGACGUCCGCCAUGCCCCAUCGACUGCGACAGAACCUGCUGUUGCCCAAUCCGCCCACGGUGGUCAUGCACGAUCCUCGCACCCACCUGCGGCACCUGCCGCCCGCCUACAGUGCCGCCCAGACUCCGCUGAGCAGGGAACGGGACUUUGGGCCGCAGGUGCGUUACCACCUGGAGGCGCCUCGCAAGUCCAAGUUCCGACCCUGCAAGGUCAUCUUCGUGGGCGACUGCUCCGUGGGCAAGACGGCCAUCGUCAAUCGAUUUUGCUACGACAAAUUCCAGUCGAACUACAAGGCCACCAUUGGCGUGGACUUCGAGCUGGAGAACUUCAGCAUUUUGGGUCACAACUAUAGUCUAGAAAUGUGGGACACUGCUGGUCAGGAGCGUUUCAGGUGCAUCGCAGGAGCCUAUUAUCGCAAUGCAAGUGUGAUUGUGGUUACAUACGACAUGUCGAAGAAGGAUUCGCUGGAGUCGGCCAAAAAGUGGCUGAGCAGCGCACUCAACUACAAUGCAAGCAGGCGACCCUUGGUUUUCCUGGUGGGCACAAAGGCAGAUCUCUUGACAAAGGAGGAGUUCGUACGCAUGGAACGACUGGCAGGAGUGGCAGCCGCCGAGCUUCAGGCGGAAUAUUGGUCCGUUUCAGCGCGCUCUGGCUUCAAAGUCACAGAGCUUUUUCAAAGGAUCGCUGGCCUGGCGUUUGAAGAAGCUGCAAUGCAGGAAAUUAAGUCAAUUAAGAGUAAACCUCAGGAACCGGCCACACGCGCAUCUGUUAAAUCGCAAACUUUUGAUUUACGUAACUUUUUUGGUAGCCGCCUCUCGCCACAGAAAAGUGGCUGUGCUUGCUAGACCGCAGUUAGCACAACUUAUAUACUUAGUUUAACAUAAGGCAUACAAUAAAACGUUU